GAACGUAUUAUAUUUGGUUAAAAAAACAGGCCAAUGAACCGGCUCGACCCGAGCCGCCCGUCAUCUUGAUAAUCUUCUAUCCAGACUCCAGCCGCCACCGGUGUAGCCGGGAAUCUGUACGCCGUUAAAAAAAUGGCGGCCAAAGCGGCAGCGAAUGCUAUCGCUUACCGGAGCGUGGCCUCCGCGAUGCCGGCAAUUUCAGGCGGGAGUUUCGGUUCCUCCCGGACAAGAAAUUCGGUUCGCCUGGCCCGAAAUCUCUGUUGCUCCUCUCUGCGAAACAAUCCCGCCGACGUCGACGGCAACAACAGCGCGGCGGUUGUAGUAGCGAAGGACGACAAGUACGGCAACAAACAGAUUAUCAGCCUCACUCCUCGCCUCUACGAUUACAUCCUAUCCAACGUCCGGGAACCGGAGAUCAUGCGGCAACUUCGUGAAGAGACCGCCGCCAUGCGUGGGAGCCAGAUGCAGGUAUCUCCCGAUCAGGCGCAGCUGCUGGCGAUGCUGGUUCAGCUGAUUGGCGCCCAAAGAUGCAUUGAAGUAGGCGUCUACACUGGAUAUUCAUCGCUGGCUGUUGCUCUGGUGUUACCGGAAUCGGGCUGUUUGGUUGCCUGUGAAAGGGAUUCAAACUCUCUCGAGGUUGCUAAAAGGUUCUAUGAAAAGGCUGGCGUCGCCCACAAGGUGAUUGUGAAGCAUGGAAUGGCAGCAGAUAUUCUGAGGUCUCUGAUUCUCGAUGGCGAAGCUGGCAGUUAUGAUUUUGCAUUCAUUGACGCGGAGAAGAGAAUGAACCACGAGUAUUUUGAACUGCUGCUGCAACUGGUUAGGGUUGGUGGUGUCAUUGUGAUUGACAAUGUGCUUUGGCAUGGAAAAGUUGCUGAUCCCUUGGUUAGUGAUGCCAAGACUGAGAGCAUCAGAAACUUCAACCGAAGGAUUAUGGAGGAUGAGCGAGUGAGCAUCAGCAUGGUACCAAUUGGCGAUGGCAUGACAAUAUGCAAGAAAAGGUGACCUUAGGCCAGUUCACCAGAUCAUUCGGUCACAUGCUUGCUUCGACAUUCCGCAGUUAGGAGCUGUGUUUCUAAACAUGUUGAUGAAGAUGAACAUGGACGUCAUACCUCAGAGUCUACACGUAAUUUAAUCGAUGUAAUCGACAUACAAUUUCUGGAGGGACAUAUGCCCAAGCUACUUAGCUAGCACAUUGAUCCAGAAGUCUGGAGGAUGACGGCUUAUAUGGAAGGUUCAGUAACGAGCAAGUUCCUUUCUGUGACUAAACUAAAAACCGAUCAUUGAUCGCAGCUCUGAUUUUGGCCUGCUGCACCGUACUUCCCUUGCUUAUAAGGAAACCAGCAAUUUUGUUUGCUCUUUCUUCUGUUUCAGCAUAAGGUUCAUAUAUAUGUCAUUGUAAUGAAAAUGUAAUGUCAUGACUGGAAAUCACUUUCCAAAUAUAUGAAAACAUAAGUCGCAAAGUGUUGUCUCCCGCAGGAACAAAACACAUGAACCCUCUAAUUUUCUUGGAAAGAAGCACCAGUCUCUGUAUAUGUCUGUCUAGAAAUUUUACUCAUUUCUACUAAUCUGAUACAUUCACUUCAUCUCCCGAAAAAUUUACUUUCUUCUGAUCAUUAAGGUUCUGGGAAUGACUUGCUUCUAAAUCUGACCUCAAUCUUCGUUGUCUGGCUCAACCUGGUUGUUCUCAUCGUUUUCUGGGUCUCCGUAGUAAGCCCAUGGCAGUAUCGACUCAACCAGGACAGCUAGAGCAUUCCGGUUUGCUACAUCUCGUGGAGCAGGAGGAUGGCCGUCAGCAACUUGAUUGCCUAACGGGUUGCCAUUCUGUACUUCAGGUUGUGCCAUCCUCGGGUCCACCAUGAACUCUUGCAAGUUCUCAGGAGGAAGAGUUGCCACCAUGUCUGAGAAAUCUGAAACCAUUAGGUAGUCAUACCUAUGGUCAAGAAAACACAAAAAAUUAUCAAAACUUUAUCGAACGUGGCAAAAAUCGUGACAACGAGGCAGGCAGGUAAAAGGCGAACCUAAGUACGCUAGAGUUGACAGGCAGUAUACAAGAAAUUGUAUUAUCAUUCAGAAUUGUUGCAGAAGUUACCACGUAAUGAAUGCAACAUGCAACGAAUAAUGGCAUUGACAGAAAAAGCAUUCAAAGGAAAGUUGGGUUAAAAGCUUAACAGAAAUAAACUUGUUCAAUCCGUCAUAAACUACAAAUUAUCCUAAAAGGCGUCUUGCUAACACAUUUUCAUUCAUAACUUUGUCCAUUUGAAAGAACAAUCUAUUCUCAGAGUUAAUACCUAUAAUACUCAACUCCUAAAACCACUUAUGUCUUUAUCUAUCAUCAAUCGUCACUUUUUUAUUACUGAAAACAUCUCAGUAUCCCAUCAACUCACAACUUUUACGCAAACCAAACCAACCGACCAAACAAAUUUUCUUCACUUCU